AAACGGAAGUGACGUCAUCGUUCAGUCUCACACGGAAACGGUGCACUUGACAACAAAACAGAGAGAGAGCAGUUUGUAUGUGUUUGUACUGAACUUCUUCUGUAUACAGACACAUAUGUCCGAAGGCCUGCAGUAGUUAGUACACGUAGCUGUAGAGACAUUACAGCUGCCUCGGCUGACCGAGGCUAGACAGCUGUGGUAAGGUGUUUCAGUCUAAUCCAGCUGGAGGUGUGAAGCCGCUUGGUUGCGUUGCCUUCAGGAGUUGUCAGGUUCCAGUAUGGCCUGCACUUUGGAGAAAGUGUUGGGCGAUGCCCGGACCCUUCUGGAGAGGCUGAAAGAGCACGACACGGCGGCCGAGGGACUGAUCGAGCAGUCCGGGGCUCUCAACCACAGAGUGCAGAGCAUGAAGGAGGUGGGCAAUGCCCUUCCAGACAAGCACACAGAAGACACUUCGGAGAUUCACGAGCUGACAAAAUAUAAGCCUCAUGUCCUUCUGACUCAGGAAAACACUCAAAUCAAGGAACUACAGCAGGAGAAUAAAGAACUGUGGUUAUCACUUGAAGAACACCAGUACGCGCUAGAGUUGAUCAUGGGUCGAUACCGCAAGCAGAUGCUCCAGCUGAUGAUGGCAAAGAAGGAGCUGGACACCAAACCUGUUCUCAGCCUCCACGAGAACCACGCAAAGGAAGUGCAGAACCAGGUGGAGCGGAUAUGCGAGAUGGGCCAGGUGAUGAGAAGAGCAGUGCAGGUGGAUGAUCAGCACUACUGCUCUGUUCGAGAGAGGCUCGCUCAACUAGAGAUUGAGAACAAGGAGCUGCGAGACCUCCUGAUCAUCAGCAAGAGCUCUGUGAAGGCAGCGAGAGAAGAAACCAGCCAGCCAGCAGCAGCAGCAGCAGCAGCAGCAGAAGCAGAAGCAGCACAAGAACAGUCCCCUCAGCCAGAGUCCUGCGAGUGACAAGAACAGCUUCAGUGUGAACUGUAGUUGGGGCAGCAAGUCCUUCAGGACCAGGAGACAGGGUUGACGAUCUCUUUACCUGUGUUCAACACUUUAUUUUUUUACAUAGGAUGGAAUGCAUUCAGACCACAGCAUAUUUUUUGUAGCGAAGGCCACUUAAACACUUAAAAACACCCUGGCUAUCAGAUGCAUUUACCUGCAGGUAUAUCUGGAUGAUAGCUAUUGUUUUCAUAUGUACAGUAUGUGUAUAGUCACUGCAGUGAAUUUCACAUAAACCGGGACUUUUAAUGAGGUGUCUUGGUUAUCGCUGACAAGAAUUGAGUGGAAGCUAAGACAUAUGUAUUGGAGAAAAGGCAGUAAAAGCAAAGGGGUGUUAUUUUGUUUUUUGGCCAAAGAUACAUUUACUCUUCAAGGACACAGUUUCUACCUCUUUGGUGCCCCUUUGCUGUUAACACACAUUCACGAUGUGUAAAAUACUCAUAACACCCCUACUAUGAGUUCACUUGAAGUCCAUUAAGAUACCAAGUAUCCAAGUACCAGUGUAGUCUGCACCAUUUUAAGAGGCUGUGUUUGAUAAUCACUCUGUCAACAAGAUGACUUUUGGCUGUUUCACACAGUUUGCCUGCUGAGGAGUGACAGUGGAUCAUUUGUAUGGGAUUGUCUAUCAUGUAAUGAAUUUGAUACGUUUGUCAGUCUGUUUGUAGAAUUCCUAUAUAUAUUGGUGUCCCAGCUGAUGGCACAUCUUUAUUUAAUGGUAACAAUUUCAAAACACGCCAAGUUUUCGUGUAAUGGAUAUCAAAUGUUUGCGCACUGUAUGUGUCAGAAAAUGUAUAUUGUCAUCUCAGGAAAUCAGUGUUAAUAAGGUGAACAUGCUGUAACGACUUCAUGACAGUGUACUGAUUUGUGUCAAACGGAAUUUCAUUCAGAAAAUUUAAAAUACAUUUGCAAUAAAAUGGUGUGUAUGUGAA